CAUUUAGAAUUUUGACCAGGGGCGCGUAUCCUAUGCCGCCUGGCUGUGCGGGCCUGGUGUGCUCCCCGCGGAUCCUACGCAGACGUGUUUGACAUUGAAGUAUAACUCGGCCCAGGCUGCACGAGUUGAAGAACAAGGUUACCGACCCCUAUGAAAAAAAAGUUAAUUAUACUAUCCUUUCAUUCGCCACGCUCAUUGGGAAGACUACACUGGACGGGAACUCGACUUUGAACCUCUGGACAGAGACAAGGAAAAGACUGAAUAGGAACACAACUGUGAACCUCUGGUCAGAGACCAGGAGAAGACCAGAUAGGAACACAACUGUGAACAUCUGGACAGAGACCAGGAGAAGACUGGACAGGUGGAAAGAUCAUCUGAAAAAGGAGAAAUGGAUUCCUUAAAGUAUGACCAAUUUGGUCACUCUGAGAUUAACAGUAACCACAGAGGGAAUAUCUUCCCACAAAAAUGUAUACAAACUAAGGUGGGUUAUCUUCUGUAUGGUGUCUUGGUGUUGCUCCUGUUGAUACUACUGUUCAUCACUGGAAUUAAGUUCUCUCAGUUAAGUGAAGAGAUUGUUGAUGUUCAUCGUUACCUUGAGGGGAUUAUGAGGGCUUCCGCCACGUCUUCCUCAUCCAGUUCAGGGACCUGUAGUGAGGACUGGGUGUCCUUCCAGGGUAGCUGCUACCUGCUAUCAAAAACAAAGCUCAGCUGGGACAAUGCAGAGGAAACAUGUAUCAGGCUGGGUGCACACCUGCUUGUUCUUAACACUGAGCAGGAGAUGGACUACAUCUCCAAAGUGUCUGAGGAAGGACAGCGCUACUGGAUCGGACUUGUGGAGAGAACUCAAGAGGGGCACUGGACCUGGGUGGAUGGAACAGACUACAGAUCAACACCAAACUUCUGGGAUAAGGGGCAACCAGACAACUGGGACGUCCGUGUGAAUGGAGAGGACUGUGGGGAGCUUCAUCCUGGUCCGCGCACACGCCGCAGGCUUUGGAAUGAUUCAGACUGUACCCUGCAGUCCUUGUACAUCUGUGAGGCGAAGGAGCAAUAGGAAACAUACCAUCAGUGUUACCCAAUGACGAGAUGUGAGCUACUGCCAGGUGACAUUCCUAGGAU